GUCAGUUCAAGGCUAAAAAGGCUGUUUUGCUUUCAGUAAUAUUUAACUGGCUGGUUUCGGCCACAUCCCACAGUGGCCAGAAAACUGCUACUAUAUUGACUGUGGGAAACAUGAGUUCUGUUCAACCUCUCUGGAAUGCUGUAUAAGCCAUCCUGGAAUACUCGAGAACAAUGGCCUGACUGUUUCUCUGGCAAUAUGCAUGGCCACAUCCUCCAGCUGUGUGUAAUCCAAGCUGUAGCCUCUUUUAUCCAUCUAGAACCUAAGAACGCUACUGUGUUACGAGGUAGUGAGGUCCACUUUAACUGCAGCACCGAUGAAUCCUGGGAUGUCAUGACGUGGCUGUUGGGUGGAAGGACAAUCCUCAUUAUUUCGGUGGAACAUGGUCCUCUGGGCAGAGAUGAGAGUGUGUCCACAGUCAAUCACUCAGUCAUGUCAUCUCUGUCAGUGUGGGAGUUAGUUCUGUUGAACGCUUCCUUCAGCCCCACUGUACAGGAAGUCACGUGUGAACUGCUGCCAACCAAACUCGGCAGAUCAUCAUCAGCUCUGUUUGUACAAGAAAAAGGAAAUGUCAGGAUUUUGGAGAGUGAUCAGUCAGUUCAAGAGGGGAUGCUUGUUAUCUUCCAUUGCCAAGCGAGUGGCUGGUAUCCGGACCCUUCAGUGUCCUGGGUGGUCAACGGCACCACUGUGGACAGAGGCGACUACAACACCAGCAGUCUUCAGGACCCCAAUGGCCUUUUCAGCUCCACCAGUGUGCUUCAGAUGAAAGCAGAGACGAGCACCAUGGUGGAGUGUUGGGCAUCUGUGUCUGCCGCUCGAGCCCACCAGAGCAGCAGUCUCAAGCUGACUGUAGUGGCACCGAAUACUCCACAGGACUACACAGUUGUGAUCGCUGUGAUAGUGUCGGUGUGUACGAUCAUUCUGCUGGCAGUGCUCAUCCUGGUCUUGUACUAUAGAAAAAAAGUGACAAGUAAGCGAAUCCAUUUGACAUUUCUCUUAAAAGUUCCUUUUAAAACUCUCCUGCAAGUUAUUAAACCAAUGAAGAGGGAAGUUAAAGCAGUGCUUGCCAUAAAUUGA